AUGCGAUGGCAAGCUCCGCAGCCUCCUGUUAUCAACCGGACCACUAUCAUUCGUGCAACUCAUCAGCCGCCACUCUGUCCUCAAUCAGGCGCCGCUCAGCUUCCUAAAGUCUAUGGAUUUAAUUCCGACUUAGGUGACGAGGAUUGCUUAUACCUGAACGUCUUCGCGUCACCAAGUGCGCGGGAUCUCCCCGUUCUUGUCUGGAUUCAUGGUGGGGGCUAUGGUCUAUCUGGGGCGGUUCACGACCCAAGUGGAUGGAUCAACACUAAUGACGAUGGAUUUAUUUCAGUCAUGAUUCAAUAUCGGUUGGGCGCAUUUGGUUUCCUUUCUUCUGCAGAUGUGGCAGAAUACGGUCAAACAAACGUUGGCCUACUGGACAUGCGUCUCGCUCUUGAAUGGGUGCAGGCACACAUCUCUCAAUUUGGUGGAGAUCCACUUCGGGUCACGAUAGGCGGCGAGUCAGCUGGGGCAGGCGCAGCAAUUCUCCAAGCAAUGACUUAUGGUGGCCGAGAAGACCAUUUAUUCAACAAUAUCAUCGCAUCAAGCCCCUACAUUGCGACUCAGUAUCGGUAUGACGACGAAGUGCCGACAAAAUAUUAUCGAGCAUUUGCAAGACGAGCAGGCUGCCUUGCUGGCGACAAAAGAGCUGACGCGCAGACAUUUGCGUGCUUGAGGAACGCCGACACCAACACCUUACAAAAUGCCAGCGGGGCUGUCUCGGCCUCGGGGGCCUGGGGGAACCUUUGCUUUCUUGCCUUCAGCGGCAAACGCGUUCUGUCCGGUAAUAAUGCCAAUGACGGUAUUCCCCUGAGUCUUCCGUAUGUGGAGACCACUGCGGAUUUCAAGGCCUAUGUGAAAGACACGUUUCCGCGUUUCAUUGCCUCAGACGUAACUCAUUUAUUGAAGAUUUAUGGGUUCGCAUCGUCCUCUUCCGAUCCGUUUGGUCCUUUCUACGACACUCUUGGCGACCGUGGGCUCACCGCGGUGAAUCAGUCCGAGUUUGCGACCGGCUACCAGCAGACGGUGUUCAACAUUUUUGCUGAAACAUCCUUUGUCUGUCCUUCUUACUGGUUGGUGGAUGCUUUUUCCGGGAAUAACGCAAAAGAGAGUUGGAAGUACCAGUACUCGGUCACUCCGGCAUAUCACGGUGCAGACUUAACAGCUUAUUUCUCUGUAGAUACAGCAACACCAACAAAAGGCAUAAGGCAUGCUUUCCAGAAAAUGUUGGGAAGCUUCAUUAUCAAAGACUCUCCAGUGAUCUCUAUUCAGGACGCCAAGGGCAAUGCAAGUGACGCCAUCGUGCCUGAAAAUACCGAUGGACGUAUCCUUUGGCCGAUGUGGAACUCUUCUUCCCCAAUGAUGAUGGACUUGAAUACAACCGGAGGGAGCUUAUUGUACAGAAAUGUCACUGGACAUCUCGCUUAUUGGCUUCGUGAAGAUCCGGGGGUCGUCAAUCACCUCCGCCUAGCCAAUGCAAAUUUCUGGGAAGGGGGACGGGGUGAACGAUGUCGGUUUUGGAGGGAAGUCGGUCCGCGCGUACCUCAGAUUGAGAUAGAAAUUCGAACAGUCAUGUAUUGA